AUGUCGAGCGUCGGGAACAGUCCUGACAGAAUGGCUUUGCAAUCGCACUACUCCUUACGAUGGCACAAUCAUCUCGCCCACAUACAACGGGCGUUCGAGGAGCUGCUGCAAGCGGAGAUGCUCGUCGACGUGACCCUGAUCUGCGCUGACAGCAGCGUCAAGGCACACAAAGUUGUCCUCAGCGCCUGCAGUCCUUUCUUCGAGAGAAUAUUCGCUGAAAAUCCGUGCAAGCACCCCGUGAUCGUGCUGAAGGACUUCUCGCAUCAUGAAUUGUCCACUUUGGUGCACUUUAUAUAUCGCGGCGAGGUGCAAAUCGCCCAAGAGGAGUUACCGGGGCUGAUGAAGGCCGCGGAAUGUCUGCAGGUGCGUGGGUUAUCGUCAUCGGAGCCGAGACCGGUGUCGACGGAACCCAGGCCAUUGUCGUUGGCGUCAACGCCGACGCGCGAUCUCAUUCUGGCUGGAUCACCAACGCCAGAAGUCGCACGACACGGUACACCGGAAGAGGAUGAAAACGCGUUGGAAAGCACAGCGGAUAUGAAACCUAUCCUGCUUCCACCAACGAGGGACCAUCAGGCCAAGUCGCACAUUGGCCACAUGAACUUUGGUAUCCGCGAGAGUUGCGGCUCGCCGUCAAUGCCACGUCGGAAACAGGCGCGUCCCCGCCGACGAUCCGGCGAAUUGUUACCACAAGAUCUGAGCAGACGCUCGACCCCACCGGUCAGUUCGAGUCCAUUGACGAGCGUUCUUAAUCUCAGCGGUCAGCACCAGGCGCAGCAGCAGCAGCUAUUGCUGCAGCAAUCUCAAUAUCAUCAACAACACUCGAUUAACAACGCACAGAACCAGCAGCAGCAGCAGCAGCAGCAGCAAGAGGACAUGGCGGAGAAUCUCUCGAUGAAGAAACCUAUAUCGCCGAGUGGACUAGAUCAGCAUCAUGUGAAGACGGAGGGCAGUGAAGCGACGAGCAGUCCUCGCGGCUCACCGCUCACAGGUACGAGUCUACUACAUCAUCCGGAUGGGCCUGUACCAGACAUCCCGGCGGCCGUAGCGGCAGCUGUAGCGGCAACUGUAGCAUUGUCGCUACCGACAAUGCCGACGUUGUCGCUGUCGCAACCGCAUCCUCCCGAGUACCUGACAAGCCUCAGCCAAUGGCUGCCCGGGCAUCCUCAAAGUCAACUGCCGCCGCCGCCGGCUCAAAGUCACCAUCCACGCGAGGACAGUCCGCAUGGUUCCAGCAGAUCUCAUCCGUAUCAACAACAGCAGCAACAAGAAUCAGCUUUGCCGCGACGUAGCGCUAUGGCGAUGUUCACACCGACAUUAGACGGCGUGACAGCUCUAGGCGGCGGACUUUUCUCGCAUCAUGCCACCACGUAUGACAGAGGCAUCCUCGCGGAUUCGCUGCUUACGGAUAAUUUCAAGCCAGAAGCGCUGCAAAAUCUCUUCGGUACUCCCAGUCUCGGCCCUCCGCCCGCUAAAAAGGCAAAAAAGCAUCGUAAUGAUGGUGACGCGCCACGUAGAUGGACCGAUCACAACACUCGAGCUCUCGCGGUUAAUAGGCCCAAAGGGCAACACAGCGCUCCGCGAGGUGGACCGCCAAGGUCUUGGACGAAUAACGAACUUACAUUGGCUCUGCAACAUGUUUGGGAAAAAAAGCUAACCACGUCGCAGGCUAGUCGUAUGUUUGGUAUUCCCUAUAAUAGCUUGCUAAUGUACGUGCGUGGUAAAUACGGGAAGAGUCUAAAGCUUGAGCAAUUACGUAGGACUUGUACCGGCACCAAUAACUCUGAAAUCAUGAAUAACAAUAACAUCAAGCCCGUCCAGCAGUCCGCGCAGAUGAGCCACGGGCUCACCGGUCUGCCGCUGCAGCAUCCGGGGGACAACAGCGGCUAUCCCCAUCGUGGUCUACUCGGCGGCAACAUGCCGCAGCCGCAGGGCUACUAUCCCGCCGAUUAUGCCACCGCGUCUUUUCCCCUGGUGAAUAUGGUGCAUAUGUUACCUCCGAGCGAGCAGAAGGCCUUUGAAUCCGCGAAUUCGGGCGGCGAUGGGGGCGGGGGUGGGUGCGUAGGAAGUGGGGGAGGGGAUGGAAGCGGCAGCAGUGGCGGUGGUGGCGACCUGACGAACUCCCAGACCAGCGAAACACCAUCCCCCAUUGUUGACCACCAUCAUCACCAGGAGUCGUCGAUGCAGCCGCAACCAACGCAAUCGACGCCCGCUUUGCUACAGCAGAACGGUUCUGAUUAG